CGCCAUUUUAGAAAGCGCCCGGAGGGGGCCGCGCUCCUCCCAGCGGGGACGCGGCGCUCUGCAGCCGUGUGUUGGCGCGGCCCGGCCUGAUCUCCGCCGGCUGCCGUAGGCUGGGCGCGGGGACAUGGCGGCAGCGGCGGUGCGAGGGGCUCUGGCGGGGAUGCUGCGGCCGCUGGCGCGCUGGGCUCCCGUCGCUGCGGGACGAACCGCGUCCGUCCACUGCUGCCACAGCCGAGCGCGGGCGGCGGUGGCUCCGCUGGGGAAACCGCUGACCCUCGGCAUCGUGCCCGGCGGGGGUUCCGCGCUGCUCAGCAGACUCACACCUGUACUUCCAAACCUACUUCAGCAGCCCGUGAGGCCUCUCACUUAUUGUAGUCUACGGAAGGGAAAGAGGAAGUCUGUGAAAGCUGUUGUUAAGAGGUUUCUCCGACUGCACAAUGGUCUUUGGGUUAGGAGAAAGUCUGGUUACAAGAAGAAAUUGUGGAAGAAGUCUACUGCCCAGAAGAAGCGCUUGAGAGAGUUUGUGUUGUGCAACAGAACGCAGUGUAAACUCCUGGAUAAGAUGACCACUUCUUUCUGGAAAAGAAGAAAUUGGUAUGUUGAUGAUCCCUACCAGAAGUAUCACGACCGCACAAAUCUUCCUCUGUAGGAAUCUGUAAUUAUUUUAUAAAUGAACACAUGCAUAUCAUCUGCUCAGAAGUAUGGCCCAAAAUAAAGGAAUAGUAAAGACUA